AUGGUUUCCGUGGCGAUUUCUCGCUUUGUGGUGCUCACCUGCGGAACGCUUUAUCCAGCAUAUAGAAGUUUCAAGGCAGUGAAGACAAAAGAUGUUCGAGAGUACGUGAAAUGGAUGAUGUAUUGGAUUGUGUUUGCUCUGUUCAUUUUUGCUGAAGGAAUCGCCGACCUUUUCAUCUCAUUUUGGUUUCCGUUCUACUAUGAGGCGAAAAUCUUGUUUGUUUUGUGGCUGCUCAGCCCGUGGACAAAGGGAGCUUCGAUUUUGUAUAGAAAGUGGAUCCAUCCGGCUUUAACAAAACGAGAAAAGGAUAUCGAUGCUCUUUUGGAUCAUGCAAAAUCCGAAAGCUAUAAUCAGUUGGUGCGCUUUGGAUCACAAUCUCUAGUCGCUGCACGAGAUAUUGUUGCACAAGCAGCCAUUCGGGGACAAGCUCAAAUCGUUCAGCAACUUCAACGCAGUGUCAGUGCUCAAGAUGUGAACAUGGAGAUUUCUGAGCAGCGAAGACGUGCAAAAACGAUUGAUAUUCAAGAGAUAGUGGAAGAAGUGGAUUCUGAGCAUGAGAAAGAUGGUCGACAUCACGACGAAGUGGCUGAAGAGGAUCCAUUAUCCCUGACUAGCCAGCAUCAGCGCCACGUCGUCGUUCUUCUCGUUCUCGCUCUCGCAAUCGCCAGAGUGGCGGUGGAACGUCGUUUGAGCCUUCAGACUCCUAUCCAGCGACGAUUCCCCGGCGCAACCCACGUCGCUAUUAAUUCUCGGGUCAAGUUGUGCUUUGCCUUUCGCAUACAAACUUGUAAACAUCAUUCAGCUAUUGUUAAAAUCAAAUCUUUU